AUGUUGCUAUACACAAGAGUGGCAGCGCCAAAGCAGCCCAAAAGACGCUCGCGCGCCGGCUGUACAUCUUGCAAGGAAAAGAAGAAGAAAUGCGACGAACGCCGGCCGCAAUGCGCUCGUUGCGCGGAAAGAUCGCUGCCAUGCACUUAUGAAGCAGUCAAGCCUCGGCAACGCAGGAAAAGAGACUCGGACGCCGGCCUGACUUUGGAAACCCAAUCAACACAACAAAACGAAUUUGACGACGAACCAUGGCAGGUUGAGGACGACGUGGAAGAAAUAUGCAGAGAUGAUAUUAGUCUCGGCGGUAGCAUACUGGAAACCUCGUCUAUUAGCACCACGGAUAUCCUCUUGUCACCGACGACCAAGAGCGUCUUUAAUUUCUACGACGACGAAGGCAGUAACACAGGAACCGCCAGCCGACACGGUUCUCUGGUACGCCGGGGUUCCAAAUUCAGUACCACCUCCUCCAAUCCGCUCUGUCUGCCUCCAGAUUUGGCGCUGAUUGCGCCAUGCCCACUGAGCUCCCCAACUCUAGACUUCUGCAUCCCUGCUUUUGCCGAGUUCUCCGACCGUUCGAACCGGCGAGCUCUCGUUGACCACUUUUGCAACGUGCUCUCUCAUCUGAUAGUGUUCAGGGAAGAGUCGGGCAACCCGUUCCAGCAGCUCGUGCUGCCGCUGUCCUAUAAUAGCACUCCUGUCAUGAAUGCCAUAUAUGCUUUGGCAAGCGCCCACCUUGAGUAUCGAGGUGUUCCGACUGGCGAAAAAUCUCUGUACUUUCAUAAUGAGGCCAUCCAGGGUCUUGCGCAACUCAUCGAGGGGGGAAACAAGGCCAACCAUAAGAACGAGCUUCUUGCUGCCAUCAUGCUGUUGGUGUACUACGAAGUUUUGGUCCAGAAAGGGCGUUCCAACAUAGUCGACGGUCACCUCAGAGGGGCGUUGACGAUCAUGGAGUCGUCUCCUGGAGACCUCAGUCCAACGAGCAUCUUUUUAGAACGAGCGUUUCGAUUCUACGAUGUGAUUACAGCCUUGUCGCUGGGCACAGCACCAAUCGCCACAGCACCUGCUGCUGGUUGCUUGAUGCCACUGCCUCCUCUUGAUGCUUCUGCGGCAUCGCCCUUGAGUAAUGUUGACACAUUGCUGGGUAUGGCAACUACCCUGUGGCCAAUACUGCACAGGCUAUCGAAUCUCUUCUCGUUGAAGCACGAACUCGACGUCGUCAAAUCUUACCAAGCCUCCAAAAUCGCAGUGCUGCGAACGGAGUUCGAGACAACAUCGAGGGCCAUUGAGACCGCGCUAGAUCGCUGGCAGCCAAGCCUUCCACCAAAGGUUAUUUUAAUAAAUGGUCAGCUGGGGACUGUUGAUGGCCAGGACAUGCCUGAGCGGGAUCUCCUUCAUUCGAUUUUCUAUAAUGCAAUGGCUUACCGCCACAGCGCAUUCGUCUACCUAUAUCGGACCAUCUAUGGCUACUCGCCGAAUCAUGUGCUAGUACAAAGGCAUGUUCAUGACUCACUAGUGUACUGCUCGCAAUGUGUUUCCUUCAAAGGGCCAAUGGGCGCUCUUCUUUGGCCGCUAUUUGUCGCGGCGUGCGAAGCCAUCACCGAGGAGGACAAAGCGUUGGCAGAACGGACAUUUGGCGAAUACGAUACCCAUCAGGGUAUGACGAACAUCGACAAUGCCUGGGGAGUAGUUAGAGAGGUUUGGAAACAGCAUGACCUCUUGAGCGUAACUCCGUAUGGCGCGAAAGACGCAGGUCUGUGGAGGAGAGUGAGCAAGGAAAUGGGCAUCUGUAUUGUUCUUGGAUAA